AUGACUUUAAGAACCUUUGCCAAGAUAGACGAAAAGACUCUGACAAUUUCGCAAUGGCGUGAGUUACAACAGACUGUUUCUGAGCCAACUCAUAUCCUAUCGCUUCUGGAGCGAGCACAACCCAAUACAUCAAAUGCGUGGAUCUCACUGGCAACAUCCGAACAAAUAACUACACAAUGGGAGAAGAUUACAUUACUCCGAUCUCAAGGGAGAAAUCUUCCGCUCUUCGGCGUGCCAUUUGCUGCCAAGGAUAACAUCGACGCCGAGGGAUUCUGCACAACGGCCGCAUGCCCAUCAUUUAGCACCGGGCCGGUCGCCAUGGAUUCAACCGUUAUACAAAGGCUCAAAGCACAGGGAGCCAUCCUCAUAGGCAAGACCAACCUCGAUCAAUUCGCCACAGGCCUCGUUGGUACACGUUCACCGUAUGGAGCCGUUGCCAACUCUUUUGACCCAAGUCGAGUCAGUGGUGGUAGUAGCUCGGGAAGCAGUGUGGUCGUCGCUCAGGGACUGGUCCCAUUCUCUCUAGGCACGGAUACAGCAGGUUCAGGCCGUGUACCUGCUGGGCUGAAUAACCUCGUCGGACUUAAACCCACACGGGGAGCUCUUAGUGCGCACGGCGUGGUGCCAGCAUGUCGUUCGCUUGAUUGUGUUUCUAUCUUCGCCUUGACUAUAGAAGAUGCCAAUCUGGUCUUGCAACUGGCUGAAGGAUAUGAUGUUCAAGACGCAUUCUCAAGAAACCGUGCCAGCUGCGUUACUGAGAAGGCCCAUCGAGGGGGCAUUCCCAAUCAACCGACACUAGCUAUAUGCUCCAACCCACAGUGGUUCGGUCGGACCAAACAAGCUGAAGCAUACCAGACAGCAUUAGCCAAAGCUCAACAGCUUGGCUGGAAUCUAGACCCUGUUGACUUUACACCCUUGUUUUCUCUUGCCAGCCUCUUAUAUGAAGGACCGUGGGUUGCGGAACGAUAUGCUGCUAUCGAGAAAUUCAUCCGCUCAGUACCAGCCGAGUCUAUGGACCCGGUUGUUCGUGGUAUUAUCAUGAAAGCCGAGCAAUUUUCCGCCGCAGAUCUCUUCGCUUGCGAGUACCGCCGCCAGAAUCUGUCUCGCGAGAUCGAACAAAUUUUCGGUCAGUACGACGCCCUGCUGGUGCCCACGAGUCCCACAUUUCCCACAAUGCAGGAUCUGAAGGAUGAGCCAGUCGCGGCAAACAGCCAGCUGGGUACAUAUACCAAUUUCGUCAACUUCAUGGAUUGGUCUGCUUUAGCUAUCCCCGCUGGCUGGCGAGAAGACGGCCUUCCAUUCGGCAUCACUUUGAUUGGAGGGGCGUGGGAAGAACCGCGACUGAUGGAGCUCGCCCGGCGCUGGAUGUGGGAGUCCCCGCGCUUGCUGGGAGCAACGGGUGUGGAAUACCAAGAGGUUUGUUCCAAGCCCCCGGUCACUGUUGAUUCAAUGCAAUUAGCGGUUGUCGGAGCCCACCUCUCUGGCUUCCCUUUGAACAAGGAUCUGGUCUCGCGGGGCGCAACCCUAGUCAAAGCCACAGCCACAGCUCCUUGCUAUCAGCUAUAUGCACUUCAUGCAACAGGUUCAGUAUCAAAACCCGGUCUGAAAAGGGUCGUUGAUGGUGGAAAGUCCAUCGAAGUCGAAGUGUGGAACAUGCCACUCGAUGAGAUGGGAAGCUUCCUUGGGACCGUCGCAGCGCCCUUAGGCAUCGGAUCGGUUGAGCUGCACGAUGGUAAAUGGGUCCAUGGAUUUAUCUGCGAGCCUGUUGGUCUCGAAAAGGCAAAGGAUGUCACCAGCUUUGGCGGUUGGCGGGAAUACACUCAGUCACUCAAUGCGUCCACUGCCGAGUCAUCGCGUGCUACAUCUACCACGCCUGCGACUAGCGUCGGUGAAAAGCGCAUCAAGACGGUCUUGGUUGCCAAUCGUGGGGAGAUUGCGUUGCGAAUCAUCCGAACCCUUCGUGAGAUGAAGAUCUCGUCAGUGGCUAUCUAUUCAAGUACAGAUGCUCGAGCGCCGCAUGUUACGACUGCGGACGUUGCACUUCCCCUUAUUGGAAACAAGGUAUCUGAGACCUAUCUGAAUGGCAAGCAGAUCCUUAAUUUGGCCGCCAAGGCUAAUGCCGAUGCCAUCAUUCCUGGUUAUGGGUUCCUUUCGGAGAACGCCGAGUUUGCCACCGCCGUUGAGGCAGCAGGUCUGAUCUGGAUUGGUCCAACGCCAGAGCAAAUGAGCGAUUUGGGUCUGAAGCACCGCGCUCGUGAUAUUGCUAUCGCCGCAGGCAUUCCUGUUGUUCCCGGAAGCAAGGGCCUAGUCACCAGCCUUGAAGAUGCACUGAUUGACGCAGAGGAAAUUGGCUAUCCCGUUAUGGUGAAAAGCACCGCUGGCGGGGGUGGGAUUGGACUUCAACGGUGCGCUGAUAUUGAUGCACUUCGAGAAGCCUUCGACGGCGUGCGUCGACUAGGACUGGCGAACUUUGGCGAUGAUGGUGUAUUUAUUGAGCUCUUCAUCGAUCGUGCCCGACACAUCGAGGUACAGAUUCUCGGUGAUGGCGCUGGCCGGGUCAUUUGUGCUGGUGAGCGUGACUGCUCGCUACAGCGCCGGAACCAGAAAGUUGUUGAAGAAUCUCCUGCUGGGUUUGUCCCAAUCGGAAUUCGAGCAGAUAUGCGUCGCGCAGCAGCAGCUUUGGUUGCAUCCCUGCAAUAUCGCAGUGUUGGCACCGUUGAAUUCAUCUUCGACAUUGACACCGAGAAGUUCUAUUUUCUGGAAAUGAACACACGUCUCCAGGUCGAGCAUCCAGUAACCGAGGCUGUCACGGGCCUUGACCUGGUCGAAUGUAUGAUGCGCAUUGCCAUGGAUGAUUGCACAGCCCUCUUUCCUCAGCAGAUAAACGAGAUUCCGGUCUCCGGUGCAGCGAUUGAAGCUCGUGUCUAUGCUGAAAGCCCCCUUCAAAGUUUUCGACCUUCUCCUGGAAAACUUUUGAACGUCGAGUUUCCAUCAGAUGUCCGCAUUGAUACUUGGGUCAGUUCAGGCCAGGAGCUGUCGUCGUCUUUUGAUCCAAUGGUUGCAAAAAUUAUCGCUUAUGGCGAUGACCGGCCUGCAGCUCUUCGAAAGAUUUCUGAGGCUUUAGCAAAGACCGUUAUCACUGGAGUGGAAACGAACUUGAAGUAUUUGCAACAAAUUGUUACUUGGGAGUCGUUCAGCUCUGGAGAAUUCACGACCGGAUCGCUGAAUACCUUCCCAUACGAAGCCCAAGUCGUCGAAGUCAUCGAUGCUGGGUCUGACACCGCUGUGCAGGAUUUCCCUGGACGCCAGGGUCUUUGGCAUAUCGGCGUGCCACUAUCUGGCCCGAUGGAUUCCUAUUCGUUUCGUCUCGCAAAUAAAAUAAUUGGCAAUGAUGAGGAUGAUGCGGGACUGGAGUGCUCGAUUCAGGGGCCUACAUUAUUGUUCCACUCCUCAACCACCGUCGCACUUGUUGGUGCCAAUGCUCCGAUAUCUGUCGACGGGGAAGAAAAGGAGCCCGGCAGGGCUAUCAGCGUUCAAGCCGGACAGAAGCUUUCCAUUGGCACUGCAACAAAUGGUUCUCGAAUUUAUCUCGCCAUUCGAGGCGGGAUUCAGGUCCCUGAAGUUCUUAAUAGCCGUUCGACAUUCGCAAUCGGUCACCUCGGAGGCCACAAUGGGCGUACUCUGCGUGUCGGUGAUCUUCUUCCAUUAGUAGAUGUUACCGGGAAGGAACUUCCAAUGUUAAAAGCCCCACUUCUUCCACUGCCACCAUUCGAAACCCGAGAAUGGGUCGUUGGUGCGAUCCCUGGGCCGCAUGGCAGUCCGGCUCAUUUCACACAAGACGGGCUUCGCGAGCUGUUCAAUGGCAAAUGGACUGUCCACUACAACAGUAACCGUCUCGGUGUCCGUCUCAGUGGGCCCCGUCCAGAGUGGGCAAGGCGGACAGGUGGUGACGCAGGUCUGCACCCCUCAAACAUCCAUGACAGUCCCUAUUCCAUCGGCAAUGUGAGCUUCACGGGCGACGAGGCGGUUGUUUUGACAGCAGAUGGCCCAAGUCUGGGAGGUUUCGUUUCCUUCGCCACAGUCGCCGGGGCGGAAAUGUGGAAAUUUGGCCAGAUGCGACCAGGCGAUCGCAUUCGCUUGAAACCUAUCUCUCUUGAUGAUGCACAGGCGCUCACGAGAGAUCUCGAGCUUUCGAUCGCUACUCUCACCCCACUGAGCAAACUCGAUUUGGGUGUAACACACUCUUUUGCAAUUUCCAGUCCGAUCGUGAAGGUUAUCUCCGAGGCUGGCCGUUUCAUUCGAUGCAGCCAGGCAGGUGAUCGAGCUUUGCUGCUCGAAUUUGGCGUUGAAGAUAAUUUCACGUUGCGGCAGACAUUUCAUAUCAUGAAUUUCAUUGAAAAGCAUCGCACUGUCCCAAUCCCAGGUAUUGAGGAGCUCACAUCGGGGGUUCGAAGUCUCCAGGUUCGAUUUGCUGCGAACUUCUCGCUGUCUAGAGUUCUCGAUGCGCUGGUCGCGCACGAGAUCUCUCUUGGAACAGAGAUUCCCUCUCGGCUGCGCUCUAGAGUCGUGCAAAUGCCUCUUGUGUUCAAUGAUGAGAGCAGCCGCAAAGCCAUUGCGCGCUACGCUUCGACCAUCCGUUCUUCGGCACCAUAUUUACCCAGCAACAUUGAAUUCCUGCAGAAGUUGAACGGGCUAGAUAGUUUCGAUCAAGUUGAAAGCAAUCUCUAUGAAGGCGCAUUCCUCGUAUUGGGUCUCGGUGAUGUGUAUCAAGGGUCUCCAUGUGCUGUGCCUUUAGAUCCACGCCAUCGACUCUUUGGAACGAAGUACAAUCCGUCUCGCUCGUUUACCCCUCGAGGUGCCGUUGGUAUUGCAGGUCAAUACCUAUGCAUCUAUGCGACCGACUCUCCUGGCGGGUACCAACUUGUCGGUCGCACAGUCCAUAUAUGGGACGAGUUUCACAAGCCCAGACUUGGCGAGAAGGCACCAUGGAUGUUCUCCCUCUUGGACCAGAUUCGAUUCUAUCCUGUCACUGAAGAAGAGCUUUCCGAAGCGGAAGCCAAGGGGACCCCUAGUGAUCUCAUCAAGAUUUCUGAUAUUGAGCUGGAUCUCAACGAGUAUGAAAAGUGGUUGGGUGAGAAUACGGAAGAUAUUGCCGCUGUUCGAGAAAAGCGAUCGCAAGCUGUUCGUGAAGCGGAAUUCUUUGAUGACCUGCUCAAGCCGUAUGACCCAGUCACAAUGAGGCCCGACCGGGGGCAUGAGAGUCAUGGAAAUAUGGCGGGAGAGCGGGUAAAGGCACUUUUGCCUGGGAGGUGUUUCCGUUGCGCGGUGAAGGAGACAGACGAGGUUCAGGCAGGAGACCCACUGAUUUGGAUUGAGUCCAACAAAAUGGAAGUCAAGAUUUGUGCACCUGUUAGCGGGAUAUGUGUGAAACUGCUGGUUGCCGAGGGGGAUAUUCUUGGACCCAAUGAUGAUGUUGCGAUUGUUCAAUAA